GAAGGGAAGGCCUCCUUGAGCCAGAAUGAGAGAGAGUGGGUUGACUGCCUCUUCUCCCACUCUCAUUGGCGCCUCCCGUGGGAGCGGCUCCGGCUGCCGCCGCUGCUGCUCUUACUAGAGAUGGCUCCAGUGCGCUCGGGAGCCGGAGCCGGAGCCGGAGCCACAGCCGGAGCCACAGCCUCGCCCAGGGUGCUGGCAGCUGCUGGAAGCCCGGAGCGCUGAGCACUCAGGCAGCCCGCUUCCUAGCCAUGUACUCCGGCAACAGUAGCGAUGACGCCGGUGGCGGCUACUGGGGCAGCGGCGGUACAGGCGGAGCCGGCGGCACUGGGGUUGCAGGGGAGCCCGCGCCGGAGGGGAGCCCUCGUCCAGCGCCCCUUUUCAGUCCCGGGACUUACGAGCUGCUAGCGCUGCUCAUCGCCACCAUCGGGCUGCUGGGCUUGUGCAACAAUUUGCUGGUGCUCGUCCUCUACUAUAAGUUCCAGAGGCUGCGCACCCCGACCCAUCUCUUCUUGGUGAACAUCAGUUUCAGUGACCUGCUUGUGUCCCUCUUUGGAGUCACCUUUACCUUCGUGUCCUGCCUCAGGAGCGGCUGGGUGUGGGACACAGUGGGCUGCGCCUGGGACGGGUUUAGCAACAGCCUCUUUGGAAUUGUUUCCAUCAUGACCCUCACUGUCCUUGCUUACGAGCGCUACAAUCGAAUUGUCCAUGCCAAAGUGAUUAAUUUCUCCUGGGCCUGGAGAGCUAUAACCUACAUAUGGCUUUACUCAUUGAUAUGGACUGGAGCUCCUCUUCUAGGCUGGAACAGAUACACUCUGGAAAUCCAUGGACUAGGUUGCUCAGUGGACUGGAAAUCCAAAGACCCCAAUGAUUCUUCCUUUGUGCUUUUCUUAUUCCUUGGCUGUUUGGUGUUGCCUGUGGGUGUCAUGGCCUAUUGCUAUGGCCACAUUCUAUAUGCCAUCCGCAUGUUUCGGUGUGUUGAAGAGCUUCAAACCCUCCAAGUGAUCAAAAUCCUGAGAUAUGAAAAGAAAGUGGCCAAAAUGUGUUUUUUAAUGAUAGCAACAUUCCUGUUCUGUUGGAUGCCUCAUGCAGUGAUCUGUUUCCUGGUAGCAAAUGGCUAUGGCAGCCUGGUCACACCAACUGUGGCUAUUAUACCAUCUCUCUUUGCCAAAUCUAGUACUGCAUACAAUCCAAUUAUCUACAUCUUCAUGAGCAGAAAGUUUCGAAGAUGCCUUUUACAGCUCCUGUGUUUCAGGCAACUGAAAUUUCAACAGCCCAAGAAAGAUAGAGCUGUCAUCAGGACUGAAAAGCAGAUCAGACCUAUAGUGAUGUCCCAGAAAGUUGGAGACCGACCAAAGAAGAAAGUGACUUUUAGCUCCUCCUCCAUCAUCUUUAUCAUCACCAGUGAUGAGACACAGAUGAUUGAUGACAAUGACAAAAACAGUGAGACAAAGGUGAAUGUGAUUCAAGUUCGACCUCUCUAAGGAUGGAGGGAGACAGUAAAAGAUAGGAUUCUGCUCAGAAGACACAGCUUCUGAUCUUUAAUUUUGAAGACUGUGAUGGAAUUCCCCAGAGGACUUUUGUUCCACUGUGAGUUGAUAAAAAAAUGAGUUAACUCAGUUGAAGUCCAAUUAUGUUCACUAGCCUCAGAAAGUAACUUGAGCAAUGGUUUUAGUCAAUGGGUGCUCUGUGUACUAAAAUAUGACUUCAUGACAUGAGAAGAUUAGAGGAUUAUUUUGAGCUGGAAAGGAUCUUAAAGUCCAUCUGGUCCAAUCUCCUUAUUUUACAGGUGAUAAAACUGAGACCCAGGGGGAUUACAUUGCAAGGCCAUACAACUUGGUAGAGAGUCAGGAGUCAUCAAUUUCCAAAUAUGAUGAAUAAUUUUAUUCCAAAUGUUUCCAAAUGCUGUAACUUUCUAGUGCUUGUGAUGCUUUCUCCCUCUGUUUUCAUAUGUCUUUCAAAAUAUCUGCAUUUUACAUAUAUGCAUAAAAUGGGUAGGAAAACUGUCACCAAUUGUAGCUAGAGAGUGCUCUUUUAUGCUAACUACUAUGUCCAGCUGUCUUCUUUAUAAAUGUGAUAUCAUGACUAGCCAGCUCUAAAAUGAAAAUUAUAAGUGUCUCCCAAGUUUGUAAUAAAUGAAAACUUGAUAUUGUCAGAAGGCUUUAAUGUUAUGUGUACCAGUGAUAACCAAAUAGCAGGUUAAUACAGAUAUGCUGCUGAGCACAACUCUAGAAGGAGUUGCUCUAUUUUUCCUCUAGAGUCCUAGAUCAUUUUGGAAAUAAAAACUUUAGUCUUGUACUCUAAGAUGAUACUAAUAAAUACUUUUCUGGAACCUAAAAUGUAUAAUUCUACAUUAUCAGAAAAUUUAUCUGGUGAAGAUGGCAUUUAAUAGGGUAGAAUCAUACCUACAUGCAUUAAAAAUAUGAUGUGAGAUUGUUAAUCAUUUUGAUAGUUUUCCAUAUAUAUCUGCCAAACAUGUAGUGCUAAGUGAACACACAUAGAGAAGAAUUGUAUUACUAAAGUAUCUAUGGUGCAUUAAACAGUGAUCAGGAUUUGGAGAAGAGGCUAUUCUUUCCGGAUAAGUGUACAACCAAAAAAAGAUUGUUUUGAAAUCAUGAACUUAACAUGGCUUCUACAGUGCCACACAAAAUUAUAGAAUAUUAGAGCUAGAAUAAAUCUUAGAGUUCAUCUACUCAGAUACUUUCAUUUAAUAAAUGUUUAAAAAAGUUAAGAUUUUCCUUUCAAGGUCACAGUAAUAAAAAGUCAGAAUUUAAACCCUAGUCUUAUGAAUAAAAGAUCGCUAUUUUUUUUUUUUUUUUUUUUUUUUUUUUUUUACUAUG